AUGGCGGCCAGUCAAAUAAACCCGAGUCGCCCUUCCAUCCGCCUCUCCCCCGUACACUCCCACUCCCGAAAUAACUCGCGUUCAACCUCACUCGAAAGAAUCCCGGGCUCCGUCUACCAGAAACUCGACCCUCUCCUCAGCAACCUCUCUCCCGAAUCGACUCUCCAAGCUCUCACAUCAGCGGACGCAGUCCCUUCGAACGAAAAAGCCGCUCAUGAUAUCCUCUCACGAAGCAUCUCCCAGGUGUCGCCGUCGGAACGCGCCCUAGGGAUACGCGCCGCGGUAGCCGCCCAAAACUUGAACUUGUGGCAUAAAGAGGUUCAAUCAUGGGAUUGGCCAGAUCAGCGCGACGCGAAGGUUGGGAUGGGCUUCAUUCCUCCACCCGAGUUGCACUCUGGGGGAAAUCACAUCCCUUCGGGCCUCCUGGCUCCCCCUAGCAACACCCAGGAAAGCUACUACGGGAGCUUGUUAGCAAGUGUGGUCGGGCGAUACGAGAGGAGAGCCGACGAAAUUCGCGAUGGAAUGGACGAUCUUAACGUGGAAGAAUUAAAGGAACACGUUUUGAAUGCCCACAUUCCAUCUAGGUCUCGGCCCUCGUCCGCCACAAGCUGCGCGUCCGUGCCUCCGCCGCUUAGCUAUGUACAGCUGAGUGACUUUACAACUGUCAUUACCGCGACAAUCCUGCGAGCUCUCCCAUAUCUAUCGCGACUGAACGCCCUACUUGCCACUUGGGAAGUUCGAAUUUUCGUGUUACGCCAAAUUCCUGAUCUGCUGCGAGAGCUGAGCUUGACCCGCUCCGCCCUUGACUCCUCCCUCGACACCUUACGAACGCCGCAUUCUUCUGCCGUCGGCCCGAGCGAAUUGUCCGAUGCAUCCCUAGCUGCCGAUCGUGUUAAGCUGGAGUCCGCAGUUGUGGCGGUGGGGAGGCGGAUGGACCGAGUUCUCGAUGCAUUGGAGGGUCGUCCGGAUUCGUUGCCCGAACAAUGGAUUGAUGACUUAGAAGCCAUCGAGUCCGACUUUGCUAUAUGGGUGGUGGAGGCCGAUAAAUACAAGGUUCACAGCGCGUGGUUGCGGUCAAAAGCCGAUUCUCAAAUGGCUGAGAUGCGCGCAGCCGACCUCCAGCGCGCAGAGUCAUUGAAGGAAACACAGCAGGACCCAACAUCCGAUACAGUUGUAUCAGAGCCCUCAGAUGAUCUCCAUUCCCCUCAGGAGCAGGCCGUUGAACAUGAGCCCGAAAUUCAGUGUGUCCUUGAACUCUCGCCCGGUGACGCAAAGCCGACUAGCCCACAAUAUAUUGGACAAUCAAUGGUGCCUCUUCAAAAGACGCCACUUCCUGCACGCAGUGUUGAACAGGACGCUUCGCCGAACUCCCAACUCUCGAUAUCUUUGUCGAAGUCUCCCACCGAAGAGAAGCAAGAAGAUCUCACACCUAUGGUCGUGGCAGAGGACCUAGACACACCAACACAGUCCGACUUUCCAUCUGCUCCUGCGACCAGUCGACAGCCAUUUUCAGCUCCCGCACAUACGUCUUGCGCAAUUGAUCGCACCUCAGAAAACAAAGAAAACAUUCCCCCGAUCGGCUUCCAGCAGCUUGAGGGAGCUGUGUCACCUCCCAGCCAAGCUUCGACAAGAGCAAGUCCAUUGUCCGAGCAUAGUGCUGUGGCUGAAGAUCCUUGCGGUCAACAUUCCACUGCACCUGAAAUGGGGAUCCAACGUGCUGAGGUUGUUGUUUCUGUUGGUGUGUUCACUGCGGAAGAGCUCACAGCCUCCGCUAGUCGCAAAGACUUUCCUGGUGACACUGUCGCUGAUGAAAAAGAAAGAAACUCCGAUAAGGAAGGAAAGCAAUCUGCUCCACACUCCAAAUCAACCGAACCUAACCCUGAGCCUAAAGCCAUUAGUUCUCCUGUUGGGCAAGAUCCUAAAUCGCUGGACGGGCCGAGUGGACAGAAUCAGUGUGAUACUCCAGUAGCAGGAACUGUCUCUCCGGUGCUCACGCCAAACAGCUCAGAGAUCCGAGUGCCGAAAUCGAGGCCCUCUGGCAGGGCUUCCCAAAUACCCAUGGCUGUGGCAUCACCUAAGUCGGGCUCAGAUCCUACGGUCAUGAAGUCUCACCACCCGCGGAAUGAAGGGAAAGCAGAACCUUGUCAACGGACUGUUCGCCAGCCGUUACAGAGCCCAAUUAAACUUUGCAAAUUCCGCCCAGGCAAGCCUGAUCUCGACAAAGAUAGUAAAGUGGUGCACAGAAUCACGCAUCGUCGUCGGACGUCUACUGGAUCUGUGGGUUCCUUGCUUUCAGACCAUUCCUCCCUAAUAUCUAGUCCCGAGGCACCCGAACCGCGCACUGCUUCUAAUGUGACGCCUCUUGGGCCAUCAUCUCGCUCCGAAUCUACACAUCCUCCUUCGCAUGGGGACUAUACCCUGAGAGAGGAUCGUCUGCGUCGUCUGGAAACCCAAAAACUUGACCCGCGAAUGUCCUUCCAACAAAGUCGCACGGUCAGCUUGCCCCUCGAGCGGUUUAUUAACGAACGCUUGGAGUUGGGCCUUGGAAGCGAAUCAGCACCAGGUGUGGCUAGUGUGGGACCGUCUAGGGCUAGGACACGCUCUGUUACAUCUGGUGACUUCCCCAAACCCCCAAAGACACGAACCAAAAUCACAUCCCAGGAUCCUUCUGCUGCAUCCAUUCCACCAGUUCCACGUCUCCCUACUCACCGUCAUCAACUGUCACGAGGGAAGUCCGCAACCGACUUGAACUCUCAAAAUGUGAUGGCAAAAGUUGCGGAACGGAACAAAAAGACAUUCGGGAUGAAUUCCGCCCGAAGAGCCAUGGAGCACCUUCUUCAGCCCAAGUCCCUCCGAUGGCGGCAGCGACUGACCGCCCACCCAAGUCUCGAAAGUCUGGGUGUGAAGAGACAAGAGCUGUCCUAUGUAGAAGAGCAUGAAUCCGAACCUACCGAUUUCGGAUUUCGCCCUUCGUCGCCAACCAAACAGAGCAAGCAACCGCGAGAUCAGCUCGACGAAAAGGUUAACUCCAUUCUCAACUCGUUGCCUGGUCAUAUCCAUAUGGUCGACUCCAACCACGAAGCAGACACAUCAUCAUCGUCGUCAUCCUUAGACCGACGAAUGCGGUACCGAUCCGAAUCCCCCACUGGUCCAACUCGGAGCAACACUCCCGCACCUUCUCUGACGUUGAUGCCAGCUGCGCGGAGACGGCAUUCCCAUGCCUACAAGACAGAGGACAGCUGUGUCAAACUCUAUCACCUCCACCACGGGGGCCAGUCCGCACCAACAAAACUGUUCGUUCGCACUGUUGGAGAAGAGGGGCAGCGAGUGAUGGUUCGUGUUGGUGGUGGAUGGGCUGAUCUUGGCGAAUACCUUCGCGAAUAUGUCAUUCAUCACGGUCGACGCAAGGUGUCUGAAACUCCCCGUGUGGAGGUGCAGGGGAUAAAAACACGUUCAUCGCCGUCUUACACUUCUCCGGGUACUAUGUUGACCCCAGCUACUUCAUAUCUUGCCUCCGGCCGGGCUACCCCCUCCCGACCACCGUCCGUGCUCAGUGCUCGGCCACCUUCAUCCCUUACUGUUCACAAGAAACGUCGAGGCUCAACCGCAUCCGAUGUAACGGGCACUAGGGCAGUGACAACGGGCCACAUAUCCUCCUUCACCUCACCUCCACCCACUGUCGUUCCUCCCCCUUCCUCGGCCGGCAGACGUCUUUCAGUGUCUUCCGGUCAUUCAAUUGGGGACCCCCAUUCCCCAGGCAACACCGCUGCUGCCCGCAUCGCCAACGAAUCCCGCUCCACCCCGCUGGGCUUAGCUGGUCCCAAGCCGCGUGCUCGAUACGAAUCCAUGAGCCCAGAGGGUGAAGCCUGGGUUGCAGAUGUUCUCCAAAAGACCCGCCGCUCCAGCUCCCAGAACCCACCCCAGUUCGCACUGGGCAUGCCGCCGGACCACGAUGCUGAUGACAGAUUUGAGAUUGGCGACGGCAGUGUGGUUGGACACUCCUUACCCAAAGUCCGCAGUAUUGGCGAUAUCGGAUCUAUCGGCACAAGCAGGCGGGUCGUGCUGAAAGGUCUUGGGUCUCGCAGGCCCUGA